AUAGAGCUUUUGCUUUCUCUUCCCUCCCAAAUUGUUUCUCUCUCUCUCUGACCUAAUUGUCCCAAACUUAACUGUCUCAAAAAUCUAAAGAGAAGGGAAGAUCCAUCUCUCUUAAAAAUCUAAAACUCUUAAUUUUCUUUUUAGUGGUCUUCUUAGAUCGAUCUUUCGAUCUUCUUCUUGUCUAUAUCGUGCUAUAUAUAUAUAUAUAUAUAUAUAUAUAUAGGUCUAAUAAUCAAGCCACACAUAGCUAGCUAGGCCUCAUCAUCUAAGUUAACACAGAUAUAUAUUGGUUAGCUGCUGACUUUUGGUUUUGAGAAGAGAUCUCAAGAAGCAGAAUCAGAGGAAGAGGAAAGAAGGUAAUUACAAGAUGACUCCAUCAAAUUUAGCUGGGCAGUUCGGAGACACUACUUACACGAAGGUGUUUGUUGGGGGUUUGGCUUGGGAGACGCAGAAGGACACCAUGAAGAAAUACUUCGAGCAGUUCGGUGAGAUCUUGGAGGCUGUUGUCAUCACUGAUAAGGCCACCGGCAGAUCCAAGGGCUACGGUUUUGUAACUUUUCGAGAUCCUGAAGCAGCCAUGAGGGCCUGUGUUGAUUCUGCUCCUGUCAUUGACGGGAGAAGAGCUAAUUGCAAUCUUGCUUCUUUGGGAGUUCAGAGAUCCAAACCUUCUACUCCUAAGCAUGGAGGAGGAGGAGGGAGGAACUUAAGGGUGAUAAGCUCAUUUCAGACGGGGUUUGGAACAGCUUUUCCUUCAGCAGCAUCCUUCCCUCAUUAUGCCAUCCAACAAGGGAUACCUUAUAAUGUUUAUGGGUACUCUCCGUACUCUCCAGAAUACACUUAUCCCACGAGCUAUUACAAUGUAUAUGGAGGGGCAACUGCCCAGUAUCCUAUGUAUGGCACUGGUCAUAGCGGAAUGAUGUCCGGUGCAGCUGCUGCUUUUUACCCAUAUCUCCAAUUUGGAGAAGGAAGUGGUGGAGCUACAAGCUAUAGUUCCAGCCAGAAUUAUAAUGUGCAGUACCCGCACCACUUGUUUCAAUAUUCAGCCGUUAAUUCAACUGGGGGUUACCCCCAGCACUUUGGUGCACCAUUGUCUCUUGCUCCCACUGCAUCUUUACAAUCAGUGUGUUUUGCUGUGCCACAGGCAUGACCAUGGCUCUUCGUGCUCCACCGAUCCCUCAUCGCUAGAGGCAAUGGCAGUCUAGCCACUUGGCCCCACUUCUCUAUGCUUCCUCAUCUGCUUCUUUUGAGGUCCCAACAACCUUUGGCCUAACCAUGGUUCUCUCUCUCUUCCUUAUUAACACAAGCCCCCCAUAGGGGUUAUGGUCGCUCCAAAAGUUGGAGAGUCAUGCAUCUUUUUCCCUUUGCAUCUUUUGAAAGAAGGGUUCCUUUUGAAGAGAACCGACUCAUGUGUAUGUAUUCAACAACUCAAAGCUAUUGGAUUAGCUUUGUUGGAAAAAGUUUAGCCCUGGGAAAAGGCUAAUCAAGUAAAAUUAACCAUUUUUGUAAAUUUUAGCCUAGGAAAGGCUAAUCAACUUUGAAAAUGGUUUGCAUAGAAGAGAUUAAGAAAAGAAAAUGUACAUUCAAAACCCCAGAUAUAGCAAGCCAUAAUUUUCAAAUACCAGCUUUUCUUUAAAUUUUUAUUUUUUUAAAAUGGCUAAUCCCUCCAACAAUAGAUAAAGAGGCAGUUUUAGCAAAAUUAACUUCAUGGACGGGGCAUGGAUGCACCUCAGUUUUUGUGCAUUGACAUAUUAGCUAGUCUUAGGAUUUUAGAGAGCUAGGACCACGCAGUCAUGUUUUCAUAAAUGUUUUUCCUUUCUUGUAUUAUUUUACCAACUUCACUUUUAAAUGCUUAAUUACGUAGUGUGCUUUAACCAAUGACCUUCCCUUAGGGUAAGGGAAGAAAAUUUUUAGAAUUUUCUUUUCCUGUAAAUUCAUUGUGGCUAAACUUUGGGAGUUUUAGCCUGUUUUAGCCAGUAAAGAUCGAAUAGCACGUCUAAUUAGUGUUUAUCUUAGUUAUUGCAUCUAGAUUUUACCUGUUUUCUGUUCUGUUUCAACAUCACGCCUAGAACUCCAUAAUUGGAUGUGGAGCUCACAGCACAUGCAUGAAACUCUUGGGAGAUAUUUUAAUUCCCUUGGGUUCUUCUCUUCUAACCCAUCAACCAUGGUUAGGACUUAGGUCAUCUCUCUCUCUCUCUCUCUCUCUCUCUCUCUCUCGAACAUUUUACCUGGAGAUGGAUCAAGAUACUCUUUAUAUAUGUAUAAACCUAUGGUUUGUAUUGUAAUUAGGAUGCUACCUAGGAUAAGAUUGAUUCAUUCCCUAACCACGGCGGUUGAGAAUGGAUAUAUGCUCUACUUACUUGUAUGCUUUAAUUUCGUACUUGUACUCCGCUUACUUUUGCCCUAAUGUUUUGUCAAUACAUGACAAGCAAACAUUAAUGUUCUUUUUAAUUAA